UCUGGAUAAAUCAUGAAAGAUUGGCUCAACAUUCCACUCAUACAGAUCUUCACCCUGGUAGCCUUCAGCUUGGCAGAGAAGCUCCCUAAAGCACCGAUUAUCACCACUCCUCUUGAGACAGUGGAUGCGCUGGUUGAAGAGGCAGCCACGUUUGUGUGUGUCGUAAAGUCUUUUCCCCAGGCAGAAAUUAUCUGGACACGUAAUAACAUUCCUAUCAGGUUUUUUGAUACACGAUAUGCCAUUCGAGAAAAUGGGCAACUCCUAACUAUUCUGAGUGUGGAAGACAGUGAUGAUGGAAUAUAUUGCUGCACUGCAAACAAUGGUAUAGGAAUAGAAGCAGAAAGCUGUGGGGCGUUACAGGUGAAAAUGAAACCCAAAAUAACCCGUCCACCUUCAAAUCUGAAAAUCAUUGAAGGAUUAAAAGCUGUUUUUCCAUGCACUACAAUGGGGAAUCCCAAGCCUUCAGUUUCCUGGAUCAAAGGAGAAAAUGUCAUAAAGGAAAAUUCUCGGAUUGCUAUUCUUGAAUCGGGCAGUUUAAGGAUUCAUAAUGUGCAGAGGGAAGAUGGUGGUCACUAUCGCUGUGUGGCAAAGAACAGCCUCGGGGCAGCCUACUCCAAACCUGUAAUUCUGGAAGUGGAAGUUUUUGCUCGAAUUCUGAAGGCUCCUGAAUCCUAUAAUGUCAGCUUUGGCUCUGUGGUAACUCUGCAAUGCACAGCAACAGGCAUUCCAACUCCUACUAUAACAUGGCUUGAAAAUGGGAAAGCUGUGUCAGCAGGAUCCAUAGUGGAAACAGUAGAAGACCGAAUGAUUGAUUCACGGCUGCAAGUUUAUGUCACCCGGCCAGGUUUAUUCACCUGCCUAGCCACUAACAAGCACAGUGAGACUUAUGGCACUGCAAAAGCUUCAGCAACUAUUAAUGUUUCAGAGUGGAUCAAACUCUACAAAGGUGAUGCAGGCUACUGUAGCUCAUAUCGGGGAGAGGUGUGUAGUGCUUUGUUGGCAAAGGAUGCAUUUGUUUUCUUUAAUACUUCCUACGGAGACCCAGAGAAGACCCAGGAACUGCUUGUUCACACAGCCUGGGCUGAGCUGAAGACAGUGAGCCCAUUUUGCCGUCCAGCUGCUGAGUCGCUGCUGUGUCACUACAUCUUCCAGGAGUGCAACCCCUCCAGGAUUGGACCUGCUCCAAAACCUGUUUGCAGAGAGCAUUGCCUUGCUGUAAAGGAUCUCUACUGCUUUAAGGAAUGGCUUUCAAUGGAAGAAAAUGCCCGCAAAGGCAUUUACAAGCCUGCCCUGAUGUUGCUUACUUUGCCAGAGUGUAACAGGCUUCCCAGCAUGCACCAGGAUCCCCCAGCCUGCACCAGAAUCCCACAUUUUGAUCUGAAAAAAGAAGGCACAACAAAAACUUGUUAUAAAGGCAAUGGGUUGACAUAUGAAGGUUCGGUGAAUGUCACAGCCUCUGGCAUUCCAUGUCAGAAGUGGAGUGCGCAGGUUCCUCAUGCGCAUAGAAAAACACCUGAGAUUUUUCCAGAGCUCUUCAAUGCAAUCAAUUAUUGUCGUAAUCCAGGGGGUGAAAAUGCACGGCCCUGGUGUUAUACAAGGGAUCCUUCUGUACAGUGGGAAUACUGCCAUAUACCUCAGUGUGAAGAUGGUAAGGUCCCAUUACAAACACUGUACAGUAAAAGGAAUGGUUUGGUGUGAAUGUUACACAACUCUUUGUCCCAGGAAACAACAACAGGGCCUACAUACUCUAUGACUGUCAUCAUCUCCAUCAUCUCCAGCUUCGCAAUGCUCAUCAUUCUCAUUAUUACGGUCCUUGUUUGUUGUCGGAGACGCAAGCGAUGGAAAAACAAAACAAGGGAAUUGGCACCACCAGCCCUGACAACUCUUCCUUCGGAACUCCUGUUGGACAGGCUGCACCCAAACCCUAUGUACCAACGCAUGCCUCUACUCUUGAACCCCAAAUUGUUCAGUUUGGAAUACCCACGAAAUAAUAUUGAAUAUGUGAGAGAUAUUGGAGAAGGUGCUUUUGGACGGGUCUUUCAAGCAAGGGCUCCUGGACUGCUUCCAUAUGAGCCCUUCACAAUGGUGGCAGUGAAGAUGCUCAAAGAAGAAGCCUCAGCAGACAUGCAGGCCGAUUUUCAAAGAGAGGCAGCUCUCAUGGCUGAAUUCGACAAUCCAAACAUUGUCAAACUUUUAGGGGUAUGUGCUGUUGGAAAGCCAAUGUGUCUGCUUUUUGAAUACAUGGCGUUUGGGGACCUGAAUGAAUAUCUGCGUAACCGAUCACCACGCAGCCUCUGCAGCCUAAGCAACAACAACCUUGAGCCAAAGAUCAGGCCCUCCAGUCCUAAUGUGCCCACUCUUUCUUGUACUGACCAGCUCUGCAUUGCCAAACAAGUAGCAGCCGGGAUGGCCUAUCUUUCAGAACGCAAGUUUGUGCACCGGGACUUGGCCACCAGAAACUGUUUGGUAGGAGAAAACAUGGUGGUUAAAAUUGCUGACUUUGGUCUCUCCAGAAAUAUGUACUCAGCAGACUAUUACAAAGCCAAUGAAAAUGAUGCCAUCCCCAUACGAUGGAUGCCCCCUGAGUCUAUCUUCUACAACCGUUAUACAACUGAGUCUGAUGUCUGGGCCUAUGGGGUGGUCCUGUGGGAAAUUUUUGCCUUUGGCAUGCAACCCUAUUAUGGGAUGGCUCAUGAGGAAGUCAUUUAUUAUGUAAGAGAUGGAAAUAUCCUGUCGUGCCCAGAUAACUGCCCUUUGGAGCUGUACAACCUUAUGCGCCUUUGUUGGAGCAAGUUGCCUUCAGAUAGGCCGAGCUUCGCAGGCAUCCACCGUAUUCUGGAGCGAAUGCAUGAGAGGGCAAUGGUGGCUGAACAGGUGUGAGCUAUUCUCUGGAGCAAGCAGCUCCCAAGCUUAACCCUUCAGGUAUAUUGGACAACAAAUCUGGGGAUUCCCAGAUAGCCUGACUACUCUAGUCCAACACAUCUGGAGGACAUUAGGUUGGGAAAGUCAGUUCCUGAGAGCAGCAUUUCCUUACUUCUUUCUUGAAUGUUUGAAUUUGGAAAAAGAGAGAGCUUGC